AUGUCCUCUAUGCAGAACGACAACGACAAUGACUAUGCUUCAUAUGUUCUCAAUCGUUUUUCCUGUCCAGUCCCUUGCGACUCGGACUGCUUUUCCUCCGGGCUAGCGCUGCCUCUCCGCAACGAUCAAGGAGAAUUCUCGCUCAUUGACGACGGCUUUGUCGCCAACACGGUAUGUCCUAUGCCCACUUUCCCGCCAGACUUCCCACCAAACACCGACCUCACCGAUCAGCCUGAGGGUCUUUACCCGGCCGAAUACGGAUACGAGUCUAACCCGACUCAGUGCGGCGCGCUGGCCGCGUCGCUACCAGUGACCCCCGCUCCUUCCGGCACCACACACUGGCAAGCUUUCCCUUCCCACUCGGAUCCGCUCGCCUCCCUUCCGCGCUCUAUUUGGUACGACAACACGUACUGCAAUCCCUCCCAUGCAGGAAUAGCCGAUAUGCUGUACUACUCGCCCGCGCAACAGGUCGCCGGUGACCAGUGGCCGUGCGCGCCGCCCAACAUAGGGCCCUCAGCUCUCCAGUAUAACGGCGUUGAGCGCGCAUCGCUUCCGGCGCAUCCUCCAUGGUUCUUCGACACGAAUGGAGUCGGCGCGCCGAAUUCCUCACCGUUCCUUGGAACCGCCGCUGCCACAUUCGUCCCUACUCGUCCAAUGACGAGCGAGUCUUUCGAUAGCUCUAGUACUAGUUCAUCCUGGACAGAUACGGGCUCCUCUUCGACUUCCGUGCCGACUCCGAUAUCAUCCUCGGACAGCAUGUUCUCGUCACCCUCGCGCCAUCUUGCCCCUUUCCCUACACUUCAAGCCGUGCACGACAGCGUCGCCGGGCCUCCUCUUGGCACUCCGCUCGAAAUCGGCCAACCCGUAACCUUUCAGAUCGUCACCAUAGGUGGUCGUUCUUAUAUGGAAUCGACGGAGCACGACUCGAAAACAAAUCGCCUUGUGAAGAGAUACUGCUGUGCUUACAACUUUCCCGGCUGCACUGGACGCUUCAGCAAGCCUGGUAACCUCAGAGCACAUCAGAGCGGCCGGGCACACAACCGGGACCCUAUACGCUGGAAGUGCGACCAAUGCCACUGCUCAUACUCGCGGCAGGAUGCCCUACGGAAGCACGUCGGCAAAAAGCACUGUCAUAAACGCUACCGUAAUCGCCCCGGAAACCUACGGGAACAUCAGCGCGAGGCGCACGACCCUACCUUUACACAAUCGCAGCGGGAGCGGGACCUCCAAACACACAUCAAAACCCACCACCAGGGAAAUGCUCUGCAACACGCCGCUAUACUGACGCUCCAUGAUCCUGUGUACAAGACUGCGCAACCCUCAAAAGGUUGCUCCGUCUGGCUGCUAGCGUGCACCUCCGACCUCAAUGGCCCAGAUCGGAGAACUCAACCUGUGCACGACUCGUACCCAUGA